AUGGCUGUGUGGAAAACAGGGCAUGAACCUUAUUUCUUUAGAUCAAUGAGAUUAGAAGAUUGGCGGCAAGUUUUCAGGAAGUUCAGUGCUGCUGGAUUCCAAGACAUGAAUCGUGCUGCCCAUGAGGCGGCAAGGGUGGCAAGGAUGGGGCUGAGAGCGGUGAACUGCAAAGUUACGCCACUUCCGUCUCUGGUUCAAGUUUUGAUUUCUGAUUGUCUCCCUAACCCACCGGGUUAA